AUGUCUAUCCUAUUCAAUGUCAUGUCUUUCAGACAAGCUCUGCUAACAGCUGGCAGACCUUUGCUCACUCCAUCAAGGAGUAUGAAGGCACGAAUGUCCAAGAAUGAAUUCUUGCAUUGGAAACGUUGCAGGCGGCAUCCAGCCAUUGAUCAGUCGAUCCUUCUGUAUCGCUCUGCUGCUUGUCGAGGUCGAGUGACAAGGUCAGCCAUCAGGAGAAGCGUGCGAGAGGAACGAGAUUACAUAGGCGUCAGCAUCCGACACAACCAUGUCUCUUACUACGGUGCCGAGGGAACGCCCUGGGAAAAGAGUAACAGAGUGACCAACGGGCUGAUUCAAGACAUCGCUAUGGUAGCGCAACAAGUCGAUCUGCCGGACGUGGAGUUCAUUGGCUUCUUUCAUGACGGGUAUGGGGGGGUGAACCUGCCGGAUGCAAGGAACGUCUGCCUGCCUGUCUUCGUGCAAGAGAAGCCAAGGUCUAGCAAAGGCAUUCUAGCGACCCCCCGAUCAGUGCAAGGGUUCUCAGACUAUAUCCUAGGCACUGCGACAAAGGACAAUACCAUCCCCUUGGAAAGAAAGAUCAACAAAGCUUUCUUCAGGGGUACCACGACUGGUGGAGUAUACACGCUAAACAAUUGGAAGAACUUCACAAGGAGCAAGAUCGUCAAAGCCUCGUUAGAUCACCCGGAUCUACUCGAUGCUCGCUUCACACGCGUCGUGCAGUACGACUCUGAGAAGCUUGUCAAAGUCAUGGAGAAUGAGGGAUAUCUCACGGAAACUCACGUCGAGCACUCAGAGCAAUGGAAGUACAGGAUGAUUGUCGUGCCUGACGGCAACUCAGUUCCUGAUCGCCUGCUGGACUUCCUAGCAAGCAACGUCGUCGUACUGAAGCAGGAGUCAGAGAACGAAGAGUUCUGGUACCAAGACCUCAAGCCGUAUGAGCACUACAUCCCCUUCAAGCGCGACGUGUCGGACCUGGUUGAAGUGAUCAGAAAGACUCUCAAGAACGAGACUCUCAUGACACAUGUUUCUGACUCUUCAACUCACUACGUCCUUGCGAACCUCAACUCAGACUGCAUCAAGUGCUACCUCGUGCAUCUCCUCUAUGAGUAUGCGGACGUGUAUGUUGAGGACCAUUAA